AGCGACACGCGCCGUUCUUAAGCCGCGGACACAGUGCGAGCCGAGCUCUGCGCUUUGACCUGCGCGUCCACUUGUUGCUUUCACAACAGUUCACCGGCGUCGCUCUAUUUAAAGAAGCAACAACAUGGCAAACGGCCUGGUCAGACGGGAGUCGGUGGGAACAGAGAUGCACAAGUCCGAAGACAAGAGACGAACCUUCGUUUACACAAAGAAGCGGGGCUACGAUGUGACCCGAAACCCCCACCUGAACAAGGGCAUGGCCUUCUCCCUGGAGGAGCGGCUCCAGCUGGGGAUUCACGGCCUGCUGCCCCCCUGCUUCGUCAGCCAGGACGUCCAGCUGCUCCGGGUCCUCAAGAACUACGACAUGAAGAAGGACGACCUGGACAGAUACGUGUUCCUGAUGGGGCUCCAGGACCGCAGCGAGAAGCUCUUCUACCGGGUGCUGACGUCAGACAUCGAGCGGUUCAUGCCCAUAAUUUACACGCCGACCGUGGGCCUGGCCUGCCAGCAGUACGGCCUAAUAUUCAGGAGGCCGAGGGGGCUGUUCAUCACUAUUCAUGACUGCGGCCAUAUCGCCUCCCUGCUCCAGAACUGGCCAGAGAAGGACAUCAGGGCCGUCUGUGUGACGGAUGGAGAGAGGAUCCUGGGCCUCGGGGACCUGGGCUGCUACGGCAUGGGCAUCCCAGUGGGCAAGCUGGCGCUGUACACGGCGUGUGGGGGGAUGCCGCCGCAGCAGUGUCUGCCUGUCAUGCUGGAUGUGGGCACAGAGAAUGAGGUGCUGCUGAAGGACCCUCUGUACAUCGGCCUGAGGCAUAAACGAGUGCGGGGCCAGGCCUACGACGACCUCCUGGACGAGUUCAUGACGGCUGUGACGGACAGGUACGGGAUGAACUGUCUGAUUCAGUUUGAGGACUUUGCCAAUAUAAAUGCCUUCCGCCUGCUGAGCAAGUACCGCAACAAGUACUGCACGUUCAACGAUGACAUUCAAGGCACCGCUGCGGUGGCAGUGGCCGGCCUCCUGGCCGCCCUCCGCAUCACCAAAAGCAGAAUGUGCGACCACUCCAUUGUGUUCCAAGGCGCAGGGGAGGCAGCGAUGGGCAUCGCCGAUCUGAUCGUCAUGGCCAUGAAGAAAGAGGGACUCGCUGAGGAGGAGUGUUUGAAAAAGAUCUGGAUGGUUGAUUCCAAGGGCCUAAUUGUCCAGGGCCGUGAUCACCUGACUCACGAGAAGAAGAGGUUUGCUCAGAAACACCCAGAGAUGAGGAAACUGGAGGACGUAGUCCGGGAGCUGAGACCCACAGCUAUCAUUGGAGUGGCAGCCGUGGCCGGAGCCUUCACGGAGCGGAUCAUCAGAGACAUGGCCUCGUUCAACGAGCGCCCCAUCAUCUUCGCCCUCAGCAACCCGACCAGCAAGGCCGAAUGCACGGCGGAGCAGUGCUACGCGCUCACAGAGGGACGGGGCAUCUUUGCCAGCGGCAGCCCCUUUGACCCCGUGACCCUGCCGGACGGGAGGACGUUGUACCCUGGUCAGGGCAACAACGCCUACAUCUUCCCUGGAGUGGGGCUCGGUGUCACUGCUUGUGCCGUUCAGAACAUUACUGAUGAAAUCUUCCUCACGGCAGCCGAGGCUCUUGCUCACCUGGUGACAGAGAAGGACCUGUCAGAGGGCCGGCUGUAUCCUCCUCUGACCUCCAUCAGAGACGUCUCACUCAAACUGGCCGUCAAGAUUGCAGAGUUCGCCUACAGACACAACCUGGCCACUCUCCCUGAGCCUUCGGACAAGGAAGCGCACGUUCGCUCCCUCACGUACGCCACGGACUAUGAUGAGUUUGUCGUGGACUCGUACGCGUGGCCAGAGGACAGCAUGACUGUGCAGUCGUGCAAACUUUAACACACUGGUCAACUGCUGACCUGCAGCUUCAUCACAACACGGCAUUUUUAAGAAUGAAAGUAGAUUUUCCUUUAAAUAUAUUACUCUAAAUUUGAUAAGACAGCUAUAAACCAAAGCCAUUAUUGUUACCAGUGAUAUUUCAGGCUGUUUGUAUUAAAUAUUUUUCCAAUGGUUGUUGCUUUGUUGGAUUCUGCAGCGAUAUAUUUAAAGAAAGGUUUUCACACGUUUACAUUUAAUUGUACUGUACUUUAGAGUCAAUUAAUCAGCUACAAUCAGAAAACCCUUUGUCAAAUUAAACCGAAAUGAUUACCGUU